GUGGGUGGCCGAUGCCAGCCCCCCCAGCACUGAGAGUCCCAGGGCUUUCUUGGGCUGCUUGUGGGCACUCUGGCCAUGGAACAGUUGGUGUGAAUGGCCUGAGUCCUGCUGAGGGCUGAGAAUGAUGUCCUGGCCUGGAAGUGCUCACAGCCCCAUGGAGAGAUGGACGAGUGGAUGACAGGGUGGGCACUCCGUUUCUUUCUGUGUUGGGUAAUGGUCAGGGCAGGAGCUUUCUGCCAGCCAGAGUGUCCCUGGACUGGCUUGCAGGCUUGCUUUGGAGGGAAAGAGCUCCCCAUCGUUGGAGGCAUCCAAGUACCACCAUUCCCCUCAUCCCCCCUCCUGCUCUUCCAGCCCUGAGGGCACAAUGCCUGACCCAUCUGCCCUCCUCAGGAGCAUGGCGUCGGCCUUUGAGGGGGUAGUCAAGAGUGUGGUCCGGGAGCUGGACCACAGUGGGGACCUCAUUCCGGUGGACAGCCUGCGGAGCUCCACCAGCUUCCAGCCCUACUGCCUUUUGGGCAGGAAGCCCUCGAGCUUGUUCUGGAGACACCGCUACAAAUGUGUCAACCUGUCCAUCAGGGACAUCCUGGAGCCCAACGCCCCGGAACCAGCUGUGGAGCAUGGCGGCCCCGUCCACUUCCAUGACACUGUGGACGGGCAGCUGAAGGGCAGUGUGGAGCUGACAACCCCAGGACAGGGGAGGUUGGAAGGCGAGGCCUCCGUGUCCGGCAGCUCCAGCGCCUCGAUGAACGUGUGCACACUUCGAGUAGCCCCCAGCACCUGGCAGGCCAUGCACCAAGAGCGGCGCCUGCGGCAGCCUGAGCACAAGGUCCUGCAGCAGCUGCGGAAUCAUGGGAUCGAUGUGUUCGUGGUGACUGAGGUGCUGCAGACGCAAAAUGAAGUGGAAGUCACCCGGACCCACAGGCAGGAGGGCUCAGGCCAGUUUGCACUGCCUGGAGCCCUGUGCUUGCAGGGCCAGGGCCAAGGCCACCUGAGCCGGAGGAAGACGGUCACCAUCCCCCCAGGCAGCAUCCUCGCAUUCCAAGUGGCACAGCUGGUUAUUGGCUCUGACUGGGACAUCCUCCUCUUCCCCAAGAAGAAGCAGAGGACCUUCGGGCCACCCCAGGCAGUAUUGAGGAGUCGGGUCAGUACCUUCUUGACCGCCUCUGGGACCCAUGGUGGGCUCCCCUUCUGCCCCCUGGGGGUCUGCUCUUCCUGCCAGAGCUUUCUAGGGCCCUGUGGGCACCCGGGCAAUGCCAGCCCUGUCCCCACAGAUGGGCCUGCUGAGGGCUGGUUGGUGGCCACCAAAGAUUUCCAGGGCCUGCAGACAGAGGUGAGGGCCCAGGCCAGGGGCCUGGAGAGCUUGUGCAAAGAGCUGUGUGAGCAGCUGCUGGGAGGCCUGGGGCAGGUGCUGCGGGACGAGCUGGCCCUACAAGCCCUGGAGGAGUUGCUGGAGCAGGGCCUGUGCUGCGGGCGGGUGGAGCCUCUAGAUGGUCCAGUGGGCGCCAUCCUUGAGUGCCUGGUGCACUCCUCCAGAAUGCUAGAAAAGGAACUUGCCUGCCCCAUCUCUUACCUGCUGGGAACAUUGGAUGUGCUGAAUGAAACCCAGCACGUGCUGCUGGCCGAGGUGCUGGAGACAGGGGCCCUGUUGGAGCAGUUCAAGCUGGUGGGGAGCCUUUUGGAGCAGAGCUCCCCAUGGCAGAGAGGCAGGGCGGUAUCCCUGCUGCCCGGGCUCCUGGGGAGCAGCUGGGGCCCAGAGGCGCCCGCCUGGGUCCUGCUGGAGGAGUGCGGCCUAGAGCUGCAGGUGCGCGCCCCCCAGGUAUGCUGGGAGCCAGAGGCCCAGGGCCGCACGUGUGCACUCUACGCUUGCCUGGCGAUGCUGUACACUCUACACCUGCCUGGCAGUGCACUCUAG